GAGGCAGCAUUGAAAGUAAUCAAUGCUCUAGCCCUGGCCCUUGAUUCAGCCUUGACACGCUCCACCUGUGGCUUCGGCCUGUCAUCCCGGCGGUGGGCUCGUUUUCCUUUUUAGUCGUUACAUCCAAUGGCGACACCUGUCACCCCUGCCAUAACCAUUCUGACGAAUGUCGCUCGCCGCACAACAGCGCGUAUUCCGAGUAAGGAAAGACGCGGCCGGCUUGGAGCCCGCCCGGCUGCAAGAAGUCGGCAAAGCGAGAAGGACGCAUAAGAAAUCAAGAAGCGGCUGUCAAGCUUGCAAACAGAGGAGGAUCAAGUGCGACGAGAUCUUACCACGAUGCUCUUAUUGCCAACGACAACGUGAGGGCCUCGAUUGUGUUUAUCCGCCGGCUUCCAGUGUACUCGCACCCAAGGCCGUGACUAGAGCUCCCUCGACUUUGAUGCAUGAUCUGUCCCUGGAAAUGGUUCAACUGGAUCUUGGAAAGCUACUCGGCGCAAGUCUGCAAGGUCGAACUGCACAUAAUCUAGGCUCGGACGCCGUCCACGCAUUACAGCACUUCCGGAACGUCACUUCGAAAACAUUGGGCGGCAAAGCAAUGCAGAAUGUCAUGUAUGAGUACGUACCACUCUCUGCAUGGCAACAACCAUUUAUCAUGCACAUGAUCAUGGCACUUUCGUCAGCUCAUCUUCGCCGCUUGUCGAACGAAUCUCACCACGGCACGAGCUAUGCCUUGCUCGAAGCUGUACAUUGGCAACACGGCCUAGAAAACUACCGUGCCGCGUUGUCUACUGCCGGAGAGGCCACUCCUCAAGAUUUUGGUGACGCACUCGUUACUGGAACGCUCCUAUCCAUUUUCUAUACCAAUUGCCUAGUUGAGAACAUGUCGCAAGAUGCUUUCAUCAUCGACUACGACGCAGCAGUAGAUGCCAUGACUGCACCUUUUGCGGUGUCAUAUGGUAUCAGAGCGCUUCGGAUGGCUCUAGGUACUUUCACACCCUCCUCGGCUCUCAUCUCCAUAUUCCCACAGAGAUGCAGAAGCAGCCCCGAGAAUACAGACGUGCCGGAUCCAUCUCUAGUACUUGAAAAAAUCUGUCGACUGGAAACUGGAUCCGAAGAUGUCAACAGUCUGGUCAAAAAGGUGUCGGAUCGCCUUGCGCCUAUGAUGCCGUUUUCUGCGAUCGAUGAUCAGCCGGAGAAUAUCCUCAGCUUCGGAGGAAUUGUUUAUCCCGACAUGCGCUUGUUACUUGAAAGAAGGUCGCCAGAGGCGAUGAUGCUUCUUCUUUGUUGGUUCACUUCGCUCGCGAGGAUGAAUCAGUGGUGGGCGAAAGCACGAAUGGAAGCACAGUCCAAGGCAAUUAGAAGAUAUCUCUCUACGUUGAUCCCGCCUACUACAUCCUGGUCGGAAUGUCUGGCCACUGUUUUCGAGUUCAUUGAUUCAAGAAUCGAUUUCGAUGAAUAGAAAGGAUUCAUUUCCAGGGAUUUGGCGAGCUAGAUCCC